AUGACCAACAAUGCCCCUACGCGGCGCGCACCCAGGGGCAACGGCAACACUGAGCGUGCGCCACGCGCAAAGAGCCCGGGAAAAGAGACGGCGACAAGACAUCGGCGGUCCGGGGAGAAGACAGUAGCGGGACGUUUCCUAUCGCUCUACACUCUCGCCGUAACGGCCGCGACGCUCCCGUCCGCCCUGGCUCAGAGCUGCAUUCCUCUGACAGACUCGUCCGAGUGCCGUGCUUUCAACACGGCCUCUAUCUCAACCGACAGCACCCUUACUGGGCUAUUCCCAUUCCUUGCCAAUGUUACCGACACUUCUUCUUUCGACACACAACUACAACAAUACAUUUCCAAUGGCUUCAUUCAGCAGAGAUAUUCUGACCUGAUCGGCUGCUCAAGUUUCGACUUGUCGAAUUCGUCCGACUACUAUGCACGCUACACAUCGAGCGUGCUCUGCAAUGCCAUUGUUCAAAACUCCAUCUCCGCAUGCGAUUUGACUGGCGAUGCGACUCGCCCUCUGUGUGCCAACACCUGUGCCGAGUACGCAGAGAGUGAGCAAGCCAUUGCUGCAAGUGACAUUUGUGGCCAAGCAAGCUCGAAUGCUAUCAGCCAGAUUCGCGCUGAUUUCACCAACUGUGCAUUGCCUGCGAACUCGUUGUCCGGCUCAUGCAUUGCAGGUGUUACUAAUGAACCCAACAAUUGCGGCUUCUCUUCAAAUCUAGUCAAUCUUUGCUCCUACUGUGCUGCAAGCUCGCCGAAUGCCACCGACUCUUGCUGCGUCUAUUCCAAUACCACGUCUCGAUGCGACAAUGUCGUUCUGCCUAUCGUCGCUACUUCAUCCAUGCAGCCUCUUUUCACAUCAACUUCAUCUGGUCCAUCUUCAACUGCUACAAGAUCUCCUUCUUUUACCGCAUCUCCAAACACAAACAAAAGGAAGGGGCUUUCUGGUGGUGCGAUCGCUGGUAUUGUGAUCGGAUCUUUACUUGGCGCUUUUAUCCUUCUUGCGCUUCUGAUCCUGGCAUGCAUCUUCCUCCGUCGUCGAAAACAGGCAAGUCCAGCAGCCAGUGUUUUCAACCAGCCUGUAAGGUCUCGACAAGGCCCUGCGCCCCCGGCCAUGGCAUACCGUCAUGAUGGCGCUAGUAGGAGCCAAAGCGACAAAAUUGAAGCUCUUCCAGGUGGUCGUGUUGCUCGCAUGACUGCCUUGGAGGCUGUCUCAAGCAGCUCAGAACGUAACACGCGCUCGCCACCAAGCGCAAUCGAUUCUCCUCCAGACACGCAGAGAACGCCACACUCACGCACUGCUGGCCUUGAUCCUCCCCCCAGACGAAACGGAUCUCUUUCUAGUGGAUCACUUCUCGCUUUUGGCACGUACGACAGUCCUGCCCGUGACGGUGUCUCCUCACCGGAAGGCACAUCCGAAUCGGAACAGCUCAGCUUUUUCAAGGACUAUUACUCGGAAGAUGACAUACACCCCGGCGAUCUCGUCUCCUCGCUUUGGGCCUACCAACCUCGUGCUGCUGAUGAAUUCGACCUCGAACGAGGCGAUAUGGUCAAAGUUGUUGGUAUAUGGGAUGAUGGCUGGGCAACAGGUGUGCGCGUUAGCAUGCGUGCAGAAGAUUGGAAAAGCAAGGGCAAGCUGCAACGCGACAGCGGUAUGAGCAGUGGCGAACAAAGUCCCGAAGAAUACGGUCCCGUCAAAGCCUUCCCACUGGUAUGUGUAUGCCUGCCUCAGCACUGGCGUCGAACCAUCGAAGGCGAUUCAACCGACAUGGGCACGAUAGACGACCGGCCUAACAGCCCGUAG